CACUUGCACACGUUUCCCGUAUCGUUUUGGGAUCGCGCAACGAAAUUACUUAUUAACGAAAAUGAAUGGUGAUCAACGGCCGCCCAUGGGAGCGCCACCACGACCACAGGAGCCAGUUAGGCCCGGGAUGAGACCAUUGGCGCCCAUUCCCGGCGCAAGACCUCCCAUGAACCCAGUGCCUGGAAGACCCGUCAUGCCUAAUCCAGCUGCAGCAGCACCUCCUCGACCAGCUUUUGGUAUGCCGAUGCGACCCGUACAACAGCGACCGAUUGCUGCCAACUCACCACCACGCCCUCCUCAAGAAACGCCCAACAACUUGGUAUCGCCCAUGCAAAAUAUGCACUUGCAGCAGCCACAAGCUCAGCAACGUCCUCUUUCGCCUCAACAACAGUAUCAACAACGACCUUCUUUACAACAUCAGCAGCAACAACAACCACCUUUUGCUCAGCAGCCAUCUAUGGCAGCACAGCAGCAGCAACCUUUGGCGCAGAGACCCCCUCCGCCAGCAACGACACCACCGGCUUCACACCAUUCGAAACGUAUUUAUCCUGUCGCUCCUGACGUUGCAUCAGUCACCAACAAUAAACAAGCAGCAGCUGCGACAACUGCGUCACCACCAUCCAACAAACCAUGGCCCCAUGGCUUACCACCUACCCAGCCAAGUCCUGCUCAACCUAAUCCCACGGCACGCAGUGCAGCCCCGGGCGUCGGAUAUACCCAGGGUCCAUUUACUCACACGGGCCAGCAAUUACCGCCAGAGCUGCGACCUCCCCAGCAACCACGACCGCGUAUUGAUCCAGAUCAAAUGCCGGCCCCUGUUCAGGUACGGGAACAAGAUCAAAUGAUUUUCGGCGACAAAUUCUUUGGUACAAUUGAACGAGAACGCGUUCCAUUGGCGACGACCAACUACAUUGGUUUGGACCAAGGAAACUGCAAUCCACGUUUUAUGCGAUCGACCAUGGAUAAAAUACCGCAUAGCAAAGAACUUGCUGAUCAAUCAAAGUUACCAAUGGGCUUGGUUAUUCAACCACUCGCCAAACCAAAGAAAGAAGAGGUGCCGAUCCAAGUAGUCGACCAAGGCGAAGAAGGUCCUGUUCGUUGUACCCGGUGCCGUGCAUAUAUCAACCCAUGGUGCACAUUUGCUCAAGGUGGAUCUCAUUUUAUUUGUAAUAUCUGCUCUCAUUCAAACCAAGUCCCCUCGUGGUACUUUGCCAAUGUUGAUAUGUCGGGACGACGCAUUGAUGUGGACCAGCGGCCCGAAUUGCGCUACGGUUCGGUCGAGUUUCGAGUUCCGGCAGAUUAUCACUCGCAGCGCAAACCAGCCCCUUUAAGCUACGUGUUUGCUAUUGAUGUUUCCGCUCAGGCUGUACGUAGCGGUAUGUUGCAAGCUUGUUGCGAUGCUCUCAAACAUACUCUUUAUGGUGCUAGUGGUCAGGGUGACAGUCGAUUGGCAUCGGGCAAUCGUAUUGGGUUAAUAACUUUUGAUCGCAGUGUGCAAUUCUAUAAUUUAUCGCCUGCAUUGUCUCAGGCACAAAUGUUAGUAGUGGGCGAUAUCAAUGAAAUGUUUUUGCCGUUGCAGGAGGGAUUUUCGGUAGAUCCGGUAGAGUCACAGGAUAUAAUUGUUGAAUUACUGGAUAAUCUUCCAACAAUGUUUAAGGAUUCGGUUCGUCCUGAAGCUGUAUACACAUCUGCUGUUCGAGGAGGAUUACUAGCAUUGCAAAAUACGGGUGGCCAAUUGUUCAUUUUCUCAUCUUGCUUACCAACCUAUGGCAACGACGCACUGAGAACCCGAGACGACAAGGCGUUAUACAACACUGACAAGGAAAAACAACUACUGAAUCCACAAAACGACGUAUAUAAGGAGCUCGGUAACGAAUGUGUCAAGAAUGCACUUUGUGUAAACACAUGGCUCUUCCCGACUGAGUUUAUCGAUGCGGCCACACUGGGAUCAAUUAGCAGCUUAACAGGGGGUGAUUUGCGUUACUAUCCCGGAUUCAAUGUUGCGCGGGACAGCUCGAAGAUUGCUUAUCAACUUGAUCACGACGUACAUCGUGAAACCGGUUAUGAUGGUGUUAUGCGUGUCCGAUGCUCUGAUGGUCUUCAAGUAAUUGAUCAUUAUGGUAACUGUCACAUGAGCACAUAUACCGAUAUGGACUUGGCGGGAGUCGAUCAGGAUAAGGCGUUUGCAGCCGUUUUAAAACAUGACAGCAAACUGGACCUUUCUAAGGGUGUCAACUUCCAAGCAGCCUUAUUAUAUACCACACGGUCCGGUGAGCGACGUGUUCGUGUCCACAAUCUGAAUUUACAAGCAACAAAUCAAAUCGCAGAUGUGUUCCGAGGAGGUGAUGAGGAUACUGCCAUCAGUAUUAUUGUGCGCAAAGCCAUCUUUGAUUCAUACCAUAAAAACAGGCGAGAUAUCCAUACCAAGCUGUCAGAAGAAUGUGUGAAUAUCCUUACGGCAUAUAGAACCAAUUGUGCAGCAUCAACGUCGGCUGGUCAAUUAAUUUUACCUGAAGCAUUCAAACUGUUGCCUGUCUAUGUACAUGGUGCCCUGCGAUCGACUUCUCUACGUGGCGUGGGCGCGGACAUGAACGUGGAUACAAGAGUAGUUGGCAUGAAAUCUUUAAAUUGUAUGAGUGUAUGCGAACUGGUCUGGACGCUCUAUCCACGAAUGUUCGCGGUGCAUCAAUUGACCGGAGAAGACGGUGUGGCAAACUUGAAGGGUGAAGUCAAGUUGCCACCCAUGAUUCGCGCUUCUUAUGAACGGUUGGACUCCAAGGGCGCUUAUCUGCUCGAUACUGGUUAUGACCUCUACUUUUGGGUUGGAAGCAGGAUUCCUGCCGAGUUCUUGGAGCAAGUUUUUGGCGUAUCACGUCUAGACCAAAUUGAUAUCAACAUGACGACGUUACCUAUUCUGGACAACUCAUUAUCCGAACGAAUUCAUGAUAUCUCAAGACAAUUACAGUCUGAACGAGCACGAUGUCUGCAACUGCGUAUUGUACGGCAGGAGAUGGAUGCUGUUGAAUUUGCAUUUUCAACGUGGAUGACCGAAGACCGGAAUGCCGAAGUACAAACCUAUGUCGAUUAUAUGUGUGUCCUUCAUCGGAAGAUACAAGAUGAAAUGAAAAAGAACAGCAACUAUUAAAUAGCAAUGCUAAUGAUAAUAGUCUAUAAACAUCAAAAAUUGCUCUAGUAGUAUAAUAAAAAAUGAUAGCAAGGAUGAACAGGAAGGGGCACGUCUACUAUGUAGCUUCCUUGUUUCCGGACUGAUAGACAUUGAAACUUCGGUUCUGUUACGCAUGAUGGAGAUCAGCUAUCAUACUGUGAUGUAUUGCUGUCAGCGAACAGUGUUACGUACAUGCGACCCUUGCUUUUACUCCUUUAAAACAAACAAGAUAUCACUACAGCUCUUAAAUCCG